AUGGAGUUGGGUUUCAACUUGGGAGACGCCUCCAACGCUUUUGCUUUUGCGGACAAGAGUCAUAAGCUUAGCGCCAAAGAUCUAGGGUUUUGCGUGGGCUUAGGUGUUGGGAUUGUUAACGGUAAUUCUGAGGCGGGUUCAACGGGUCACCUAGGGGCAACGACGAGAGGGUUCGACGUCAAUCGGUUGCCCGCAGCAAAGGAUGCUAAUGAUGGGAACGCAGUUUCUUCUCCCAAUUGUACUGUUUCUUCAUUUCAGAUGGAUUUUUCCAUUUAUAGAGGCGGUAGUGGAGGCAACAAGAGAGAUGCAGAAGCUUCAGGAAAUGAAGUUGAGGCGGAGAGAGCGUCCUCAAGAGCCAGUGACGAGGAGGAGAACGGCCUAACUAGGAAGAAGUUGAGACUCUCCAAAGAACAAUCUACCUUUCUCGAAGAAAGCUUCGAGGAACAUAAUACUGUUAACCCGUUUAAGCUUCAAAGCAAUAUUACGGGCUAUGCCAUGCUGGCCCGUAGGCCAUCAUGA